AUGGCGUCAAACAAUACGAGUGAGGACGCUCCUCGAGCUGAGGACGACAAUGUGUCAGCCGCAGAGCCGAACCAGAGCGUCUGGCGCUCUAUAUGGGAGAACAACAAGGGUGCUCUUCUCAUCCUCUCAUCUGUUGUCUGUGGCGCGUCAAUGGACGCCAUUGCCCGCUUCUUGCAGCAAGGCGGUGCUGGCUUUCACACGCUUCAGGUAAUCACAGCUCGUAUGGGCAUAACGUUCAUUCUGAGCACCCUGUACAUGUGGUGGACUUCGGUGCCAUAUUUCCCGCUGGGACAUCCCGAAGUCAGGGGUUGGCUGGUGUUGAGGGCCCUGUUUGGAUUCGUGGGCCUUUUCACCUUAUACUACUCGGUCCACUACCUGCCCCUCGCCGAGGCUACCGUGUUCCGCUUCCUCAUCCCAAUCGUCACGGCCUGGGCAUGCUGGGUUGUGCUGGGCCAGCCCUUCACCCGCAAGGAGCUGAUCGCGGGCCUGGUGGCCCUGGUGGGCGUAGUCUUCAUCGCGCACCCAGAGUCGAUCUUCGGCAAGGUUGACGACCACAUCCACGCUGAUGCCGCCUCCGGCGACCUGGACGAGGUCACACCCGCCCAGCGCAUGCUCGCUAUCCUGCUGUCCGUCUCUGGUGUUGUCGGCGCGUCGGGCGCUUAUACCACUAUCCGCAUCAUGGGCAAUAGGGCCCACGCUCUCAUAAGCGUCAACUACUUCGCGCUCAUCUCCACUGUCGGUUCGGCGGUCGCACUGCUGGCCGCGCCGGGGGUGGGCUUCACUAUGCCCAGGUCCGCACGCGAGUGGGCCCUACUGGUCCUCCUCGGCGUUCUGGGCUUCGUUCUGCAAUUCCUGCUCACGUCCGGCCUGCAGUUGGACAAGAGCCCCAAGGCCACGUCCAUGCUGUACACUCAGGUGAUCUUCGCCCUGAUCUUCGACUGGGCUAUCUGGGGUGUCCUGCCCGGCGGAUGGAGUCUCUUUGGUGGCGCCAUCAUCAUUGCGAGUACCCUUUGGUCGGCUCUGCACAAGCCGCAGCCCCCAAAGACCAAGGUGGAGGCGAAGAAGGUUGUUGAUGAGGAGACGGCGCUGCUGGGGCCCCAGACAGAAGGUGUAGAGGAGAUUAGGAGAGUCCCCAGCCCUGGACGCUCUUAA